CAGUAUAAAAUUUAUAAUGCGGUGUUUUUUUAUUUGUUAUAUAGCUUUAUGCCAGUAUAUACAGGCCUCUAAAACCCGAGAUGGUGCCAGCCGUUUCAUUUCAAGUACCACAGAAGGGGAAAACUUUGAACAGACUCCGUUAAGACGCACAUUUAAGUCCAAAGUUCUUGCUCGCUAUCCUGAGAAUGUUGAAUGGAACCCUUUUGACCAGGAUGCAGUGGGAAUGCUGUGUAUGCCUAAAGGGCUUGCUUUCAAGACACAAGCAGAUUCUAGAGAACCUCAGUUCCACUCUUUUAUUAUUACUCGUGAAGAUGGCUCACGGACAUUUGGAUUUUCUCUCACGUUCUUCGAGGAAGUUACUAGCAAACAGAUCUGCAGUGCAAUGCAGACGUUGUAUCAUAUGCACAAUGCUGAAUAUGACAUUCUUCAUACUCCACCCACAAAUGACAAAGAUAGCUGCAGCAGCACUGGGGACUGCAAUGGCACUUCUGUUUCAAAGCUACAGCGUUUUAACUCGUAUGACAUUAGCCGAGACACACUCUAUGUCUCAAAGUGCAUUUGUCUGAUUACUCCAAUGUCUUUCAUGAAAGCUUGUAAGAAAGUACUAGAACAACUUCACCAAGCAGUGACUUCACCUCAGCCGCCACCUCUACCUUUAGAAAGCUACAUCUACAAUAUUCUCUAUGAGGUUCCUCUUCCUCCAGCAGGAAGGUCGUUAAAAUUUUCAGGUGUUUAUGGACCAAUUAUCUGCCAGAGGCCAAGCACCAAUGAACUACCGUUAUUUGAUUUUCCAGUUAAAGAAGUUUUUGAAUUGCUUGGAGUAGAAAAUGUGGUUCAACUCUUUACCUGUGCCCUCUUGGAAUUUCAGAUACUGCUUUAUUCACAGCAUUAUCAGAGACUGAUGACUGUGGCAGAGACCAUCACAGCACUAAUGUUUCCAUUUCAGUGGCAGCAUGUGUAUGUUCCCAUCCUUCCAGCAUCCCUCCUUCAUUUUCUUGAUGCUCCCGUCCCUUACCUGAUGGGCUUGCACUCCAAUGGACUGGACGACAGGUCUAAGCUGGAACUCCCUCAGGAGGCUAACCUUUGCUUUGUGGAUAUAGACAACCAUUUCAUCGAGCUGCCGGAAGACUUGCCCCAGUUUCCAAACAAACUUGAGUUUGUUCAGGAAAUUUCCGAGAUACUAAUGGCAUUUGGAAUUCCACCUGAGGGAAACCUUCACUGUAGUGAAAGUGCCUCCAAGAUGAAGAGCCUCAGAGCAUGCGACCUAGUUUCUGAUAAAAGAAAUGGGAACAUAGCAGGAUCACCUUUGAAUUCCUAUGAGCUGCUAAAGGAAAAUGAGACCAUUGCAAGACUCCAAGCACUAGUUAAAAGAACAGGUGUGAGUCUAGAAAAGCUGGAGGUGCGAGAGGAGACCAGUAGCAAAAAGGAUCUUAAAAUUCAGUGUGAUGAAGAAGAAUUCAAGGUUUACCAGCUGAAUAUUCAAAUCCGUGAAAUUUUUGCCAACCGCUUUACACAAAUGUUUGCAGAUUAUGAAGUGUUUGUCAUUCAACCCAAUCAGGACAAGGAAUCUUGGUUUACAAACAGGGAACAGAUGCAAAACUUCGAUAAAGCAUCGUUCUUGUCAGACCAGCCUGAGCCUUACUUGCCUUUCCUCUCAAGAUUCCUGGAGACACAAAUGUUUGCAUCUUUUAUCGACAAUAAGAUUAUGUGCCAUGAUGAAGAUGACAAAGACCCCGUUUUGAGAGUAUUUGAUUCUAGAGUGGACAAAAUUAGGCUGCUAAAUGUUAGAACACCAACUCUGCGCACAUCUAUGUAUCAAAAAUGCACAACCAUUGAUGAGGCUGAGAAAUCGAUUGAAUUAAGACUGGCAAAAAUAGAUCACACUGCAGUCCAUCCACACCUGCUGGACAUGAAAAUUGGACAAGGAAAGUAUGAACUUGGAUUUUUUCCCAAGCUUCAGUCUGAUGUUCUAUCUACUGGACCAGCAAGCAACAAGUGGACAAAGAGAAAUGCUCCUGCACAGUGGAGACGGAAGGACAGACAAAAGCAACACACGGAGCACCUGCGUCUUGACAAUGAUCAGCGAGAGAAGUAUAUCCAAGAAGCCAGGAAUCUGGGCAGCACCAUUCGGCAGCCCAAGCUGUCUAACCUUUCUCCAUCAGUAAUUGCACAAACAAACUGGAAGUUUGUAGAAGGAUUGUUGAAGGAAUGCCGAAAUAAGACCAAGAGGAUGUUGGUUGAAAAAAUGGGGCGAGAAGCUGUGGAGCUGGGUCACGGUGAAGUGAAUAUCACAGGUGUAGAAGAGAACACCCUGAUAGCCAGUCUGUGUGACCUCCUAGAAAGGAUAUGGAGCCAUGGUCUGCAAGUCAAACAGGAUAGAAGCUGUACUGCUUUCGUCUUAGAAGACAGAGCAUCAGUAUACUCUGCUUCAACUCAGAUUUGGGCCUUUCAGACCACCAGACGGCCAACCCUCCAUAAGGGAAAGUCUGCUUUGUGGUCUCAUCUGCUACAUUACCUUGAAAACAGACAGAGAAGAACUACAUCAGGCAGCUUCAGUACCUCAGGAAUACUUCUUGAUUCAGAAAGGAGAAAGUCAGAUACCAGUCCAGCCAUGUCACCUCUUAGAAUCUCUCUCGUCCAGGAUAUGAGGCAUAUCCAGAACAUCAGUGAGAUCAAAACAGAUGUUGGCAAGGCCAGAGCCUGGGUUCGUCUGUCUAUGGAAAAGAAGUUGCUGUCUAGGCAUCUAAAGCAGCUGCUUUCAGAUCAUGAACUCACAAAAAAACUCUACAAGCGUUAUGCAUUCCUCCGCUGUGAUGACGAGAAAGAACAAUUCUUAUAUCAUCUCCUGUCAUUCAAUGCUGUUGAUUACUUUUGCUUUACCAAUGUUUUCACAACAAUCUUGAUACCAUACCAUAUAUUGAUUGUUCCUAGCAAGAAGCUUGGCGGUUCAAUGUUUACAGCCAAUCCUUGGAUUUGUAUCUCAGGAGAACUGGGUGAAACAGGAGUCCUGCAGAUUCCCAGGAACAUACUAGAAAUGACUUUUGAGUGCCAGAACCUGGGCAAACUGACCACAGUGCAAAUAGGACACGAUAACUCAGGGCUGUAUGCCAAAUGGCUAGUUGAAUAUGUUAUGGUCAGAAAUGAAAUAACAGGGCAUACUUACAAGUUUCCCUGUGGACGGUGGCUUGGAAAGGGAAUGGAUGAUGGCAGCUUAGAAAGGAUCCUAGUGGGAGAGUUGCUGACUUCCAACACGGAGGUUGAUGAGCGGCAGUGUCGAACCCCUCCUUUGCAGCAGUCACCAAGCAUGAUCAGAAGAUUUGUCACUAUAUCACCAAACAAUAAGCCAAAGUUAAAUACUGGUCAGAUACAAGAAGCUAUUGGUGAAGCUGUCAAUGGUAUUGUCAAGCAUUUCCACAAGCCAGAGAAAGAGAGAGGCAGUCUGACGCUCUUGCUGUGUGGAGAAAGUGGACUUGUUUCAGCUCUUGAACAAGUGUUUCAGCAUGGAUUUAAGUCACCCAGGCUCUUCAAAAAUGUCUUUAUUUGGGACUUUUUAGAAAAAGCACAAACAUAUUAUGAGACCCUUGAGCAGAAUGAAAUGGUCCCAGAAGAGAACUGGCAGACAAGGGCCAGGAAUUUCUGUCGCUUUAUCACUGCUAUCAACAACACACCUAGAAACAUUGGGAAGGAUGGCAAGUUUCAGAUGCUGGUGUGUCUUGGAGCCAGAGACCACCUCUUGCAUCACUGGAUCGCCCUGCUUGCAGACUGCCCGAUCACAGCACAGAUGUAUGAAGACAUAGCACUAAUUAAGGAUCACACUCUUGUGAAUUCUUUGAUUCGAGUGCUGCAGACCUUGCAGGAGUUCAACAUCACGCUGGAGGCAUCUCUUGUCAAAGGAAUUGAUAUAUGACCUCUUGUCCCACAACAAAACAAAAACCCACAACUAUGUUCAAAACAGCAACAACAAAAAAGCAACAAGGAGUGAAUCACGUUAGUAUGCAAGAGUUCUGUCUGCCAGUACAUUGUAUCGUGAACUUGUUCAUGGCCCUAAAAUACAACGUUGACUUUUCUUGAAGAAAACUCCAAAAAUAGUACAGGCAAAUGGAUAGAAGCUGUAAACUCAAUGUAAAAAAGAGGAUUUUGGUAUAAAUCUAUUUUAGAGUUUAUUUGCUGAUUUGCUUUUUACACACUUUCAUGUGAAAGAGAUAGAGAUGAGUAUUGUGCAGCUUAUUUUAAAGCUGCAGUAUUUCCUUGCCAUAGAAAAUGUGCAGUGAGCCUUUCAGCAUUCUGUGAACUUGCCUUCAGAUAUGCUGUAUGUCAUAGACCCCAAUAUAUACGCUCCAUUUCUGCUAAGAAGGUCAUUCUAUAGUUUUUAAACUAAUAUUUUAUAUAUUAACAUUAUUACCAAUGUUUGAUUUUUAACGUGUUGGGUCACUGUUCUGCUGCAAGGGAACUACAGAUUCUCUGUGUGCUUUUUUAAUAGCUCCAAGGCACUGACUUGUCAACAAAUCAUGUUUUUUCCUUUAUUUUUGUUGUCAGUAUUAUUUUUAGUGAAUUCUGGGAGACUGAAAUGCGCAGAGAGUGAAGUAAUAUUUUUCAUAUUGGUACAUAAUUGCACAGAAGAAAUUAAGCGUCUUUUUUAACUGAUGUUUUUUAUUUAUUUAACCGAUCAUUGUGUUUUGUAAUGUUGUCUUUAAAAAGAAAUCUUCUAUGAUACAACUGGCUAUAGUAUGUUGCAAUUCAGAAUUAACAGUGCAGCCCACUUAAAUCAAAAACCUGGAAUAAGUAUUUAUGGUGCAAAAAUGUUUCCACUUGAACCAUCCUUUUGAAGUUCGAUAUACAGUUGCUGCUGGUAAUUCUCUUAACUGCUAAUAAAGAGGAACAUGGGCUUCCCAAAUGCUAGAUGAUUAAAGAAAGAUGUUUACGCCCCCACAAAACAAUAAUGGCAAACCUUUAUUAGUUUGUUUAUAUCAGGAUUCUUAUUUUUUCUGAAAUUACAGUAAAGAAUAAGUUUUCUUUCCCUUUUAAAUGGAUAUAUCUGGAGUCCUGUUGUCACAGCCUGCUUCGUUUGACAUGUUUUUGCUUUUAGCAGAAAGCUUUAGUCCACUUCUACAAUAAAACAUUUUGAAAGUUUUAUUUAUUGAAGAGCUGGAAAUCGGUGAAUGCCCAGAGACAUCUCUGUUCAUUUGAAUCCUCUGAUAAAAAUCUCUUUGAAGUGAGUAUGUGACUUAACAGGCUGAAUUAUCAGCAUCACAAAUUACUGCACAGAAAUUCAGGACUGUAUUUAAGAGGUCUCCACUGUAUAAACUUAUCUCAGUGUUGUCCUUCUUUCGAGAAACAGAGUCCAAGUUUUUCAGUUCAUACGAUGUUGUAGUAGCUUUUCUUUACCUACAGAUUAGUGACAUCUUGUUAGUUUCAUUUCCAUAACUUACAAGUAUAGCACAUGUAUUAAAUCUUUGACUAUUUUUACUUUUGUCCUAUUUAUUUCAUUAUUAAAUGGAGAAGUUCUUUUAUCACUACUUCUUUUUUCCUUUUUUUUAAUCAGAGCCAGAUUUGCAUUAUCAAGAUGCAAAGGCGAUGUCCAAGCCACUCCAUAGGCUGGGUGGAUGUGAAUUCUUUUGUAACAUGGGGCUUACAGUACCAUUUCAUGGAAUUAUUCUGUGUGCAGUUUCUUUCAGUCUUGGAAGGGCAAAAAUACUCUUUAGUCUGAGAAUUUCAUGUAUUCGACGUAAUAUUUUGGGAGAAUCUUUCUACACUUGCCCCACAUUUCUUAUUUAUAUGGUAGUUUUUUAUACAGUGCUUUCAGCUAUACUUAUAGUGGUUCUAUGUAGGCCCGUAGGUUUCGCAGUGAGAAUGUCUGAUGAGAAGAGGGCUGGAUUAACCGUUUUGACCUUAUCAGAUUAGUUGAUCCUGUUAAAACCAUAUCUCUAUCCUAGAGCAACUAUGGAUUAAUUUGGUUUAUAUGAGGUAGUUAACCCUGAACUAAUGUUUUUUCCACACUUGUUCACUUCAUGUGGCACAGUAAUACUGCUCUGAUGCCUUGCUUUGAUGUGUAUCUUUUGGGCCUCAUUAUGGCCAUGAGAUACCUCGGGCGCGCAUGGGUUAGGGUUUGCUCACAUGGUUCCCACAUGGGGGGUUCUUGGGGUAGCACCUGAGAACCAAGUGUCCAUCAGCGGUGAUGCCGUGUGCUAGUUGUGCAGAUGCAAAGGAGAUCUUCUUCCUGGCUCCUCAGUUACUUUGUUUUCCACAGGAAGGACCAUUUCAUGAUAGACACUUCCUCACAGGGGUGACUGUGCUUAAUCCUAAUAAAAGAUAAAGCACGUUUUUAGCUAUGGACUUGAGUGAAGCAAAUCCUUCUAGACUUGGAAGAACAGUAGAAGGUUCAGGAAUGUAGCAGAAAAAGUACUGGUUUUGUUGGAUUGAGGGGCCACCAAGGAAGACAGACAUUUUAAUAUGGCUCGGUAGCCUAGGCUAAAGUUUUGGGAAGAGAAUUGGCUGGCAUCUCUUAAGCGCAGUUUGGUCUGUAGUAGCAGCCAUAGUCCCUAUUGCUCUUUGGUGAUCACCACAAAUAAGCCUCCUUCUCUCACUGAUGUAGCAUCAGUGCCACUGAAUCACGUUUGGAUCCGGCAUUUACUCCUUCCACGUGACUGUGCUGAAUUGGAUGACGCUUAUGUAAAGAAUGAAUGGUAUAGCCACAGGGUUUUAAUCUUUAACGAGGACGUUGUAAAAUCCAUCUCCUUUCUUAAAAUUGGCAUUGCAUUUUUUGUUCGCAAAAGAGCUACAGUGUAAUGCAACCAUAACCCUUUUUCUGUUAGCGUUCUAAAAUAAGGAAGCAGGUUUGGGAGGUUUGGGUUACUGUGGCUAUACUGAUUUUUAUUAUUAUUAUUGCAAUUAUUGGGAAAAUAUAAUGUUUUUUUAAACUUAGCACUGAGAGUCAUGUGAGCACACAUGCAAUCUGUAGGUGAUACAGAAAUAUAAUGAUAAAAAAAAAUAGUUCAUAAUGCAGUAAAUACAAUGCUACAUUGACCAAACAUGUUUACAGGCUGAUACCUGAUGUGAGGAAAAAACAGGCUAUUGCCUAUAAUUACUUGUUUCUUAGAUUAAUGCUAUUGGAGUUGAUAUAAUACUUUAUACAAAAAUAAAAUGCAACUUAAUAAAGACUUGUUUGAAAUACUAUGAUAAGUUUAUACAAGAAAAAAAAAGCCUUUAUCUGCCAUAAACUUAAACAUCUGACAUUCUGUAGCUGAAAACACACUAAUGAACUGAAGACUAUUCCACAACUUCUUCCAUUAUCAAGAGUAUUUUCCAAAUUGUUGAAGUGAGACCUACUAGCUGGAAGUUCCUUAUUUUUGAUGUGUUUUGAUUUCAUAAAUAUGUUAAGGUUUUGUUUCUGCAGUGAAAUUAUUCAAAGAAUUAACUUUUUCUGUAUAUUGUCAACAGAUUUUUGUCCAUAGUGCAAGAUGCUAUAGGAUACUUGAAAAUACUUGAAGAUAUUGUACAUGUACUUCUCAUCUUUGUAGGUUUUUUAAUAUCUUUAGAUUGGCUGUUAGAAAAAGCAUCAAUACCUUAUAAACUAUAUAUUUUACUACGUGGGGAAAUCACUGGCUUGUUUUUUUUUUUAAGGGUGGGUGUUAAAGUUUACAUUAUGAUGAGAAAACCAGGUACUGUUUUCCUUUUCUAUUUUUCCUGUGACAUUUGAAUCCAUUGGACAUUAAAUGUGAAUUGGACAUACAAAUGUUUUACAGGUGUAGCUCAUUUGCUGAAUUGCAAUAAAAUGUCUUCUAACGUGA